AAUGGAUCCGCGGUUUGCAGUCGGUCCGACGAGCCGCCAAAGUCCAACCAGCCCCGAGCAGCGAACGGCCUGCAUCUCACACGCGGUGGCGGUGGCGGUGGCGGUGGUAAUGGACUGGACCAGCAGCGACGCUCCAAGAAGAAUCGCCAGACCAAGCUGGUCGUUGACUUUGAUGCACAGAACCGCGUGGACUUUUUAACUGGAUUCCGCAAGCGAAAGGAGCAGCGUCGUAAGGAGGCGCAGCAGCAGCAGGAGAAGCUUCUGCACGAAGCCAAGCUCAAGGCGCGCAAGGCGCGUCUCGAUGAAACCCGUGAUGCGCGUAUGGCUGUGGCCAAGGCGGAGCGGAAGCGCAUGGAAGCUGAGGAGCGCGCCAAGGAAAUGGCCGGACACAAGGCGACGAAAGAGUACAAGGAUCCCGAGCGCUUGGUCACCGUCACAACCGUAUCGUCGCUCGAGCUGGGCGACUUUGACGGCAGCAACCAGCAAAGCGAUGAGGAGGAUGAGGAUGACGAUGACGACGACGAUGACGACGAUGCAGGCACUGGUGCAAUCUUCCAACGGUACGCUGGACUGGUAGCCGAGGACGAUGCGAGUGACGCCGAUGACUCGCACGACGAGGACGAUCGCCGCAAACCCCUGCGUAUGCGCAAGAGCAAAAAUGCCGCUUCAAAGCCCGCCAAGAAAUCCCAGCUUGACUCCUGGACUAUCGCCGAUGAUACUGGCGGUUUUGACUUUCCCAGCAUCAAGCGCGGAAACAAGCGUGCCUUCUCUGUCGCGACUGCUGAUGACGAUGACCAAGAUGCGGUGGUCAAACCACCAGCCAAGACCUCUGCUAGUGCUCGCGGUAUUGCUCAGGCAGCUAAGCAAGCUCGUUUGACCAACGGUGCUCGCCGAAAAUGA